AUGAGGACAAAGUGCAUACACGGUACUUUGGCCGUGGGGCAACAAGUCGCCCUUACGGCACAGAAGCCAACGCGGUCUUGCCCCCAGGGCUGUCUUUACCUGUGCCACCAUGAGAGAGAUUCCGGCGAUGUCGCGGCUAUCCAGGUCGUACACGUGAGGGUGCGGAACACCGCCGACGCCACCGAUGGUGCCAGCCGUGUUGGUCGCCAUGGCAGUGUAUGGAGGAAGCUGCCACUGCACUAUUUUACUCUUCCCACCCAAGUCAAGGGUGUACCAGCAGCGCUGAUGGACAACUUUCCGAGGACACAGACCGAAAGUUCCCAGCGGAAAUUCAUCCUCCUCAGCCACAGUGGCAAAUUCAAGCAGGUGCUGCCGAGCCUUUGCUGCUGCCUCCACAAACACCUUGUGGCUGCGAUACUGACACGGAGUGAAGUAAUGCAUUACAGCUGCGUCCAGGGCUAUUUUUACCUGUGCCACCAUGAGGGAGAUUCCGGCGAUGUCGCGGCUAUCCAGGUCGUACACGUGAGGAUGCGGAACACCGCCGACGCCACCGAUGGUGCCAGCCGUGUUGGUCGCCAUGGCAGUGUAUGGAGGAAGCUGCCACUGCAAUAUUCUACUCUUCCCACCCAAGUCAAGGAUGUACCAGCAGCGCUGAUGGACAACUUUCCAAGGACACAGACCGAAAGUUCCCAGCGGAAAUUCAUCCUCCUCAGCCACAGUGGCAAAUUCAAGCAGGUGCUGCCGAGCCUUUGCUGCUGCCUCCACAAACGCCUUGUGGCUGCGAUACUGACACGGAGUGAAGUAAUGCAUUACAGCGGCGUCCAGGUCCAGGUGUAUGUCCUGGGUAUUAGGUGCAUUGUUGCAUGCCAAUAA